AUGCAGAGUUUGCAGCAGGAAGCCCUUGCCAUCUUCCGGCUGGCGCAGUUGGCGUCAACCACCGCGCUACUUGCGGCUAACAUCUCCGCCGUCCUUGCGUUUCGUGCCUGGGCUGUGCCCUUGCUGUGCUUCAUCUUCGUCCUUGGCCUCGUCUCGGGGGUGGGGAGUCUUGUUGUGGUGCGCACUUCGUCAGUGGGAGACGAUGACAGUGCUGCCCGUCGGUGGUAUGCAGCUAGUCUCGGCUUCACCCUCGCGCACCAGCUGUUCUCCCGUCCGGUGCUGAGGCAGAUCAAGGCGAUCGAGCAGACCCACAAUGCGGGGAGGCGAAUCUCGUGGCCUUGA